AUGUUAGAAGAUAAAGAAGUUGAUGAUUUUUUAGAUUUAGAAAAUAAGAAAGGGUUACCAGAUAAUCUUAUUAUCAAGUUGGAUAAAAAUCUAAUUACUAAACAGAAGUUAAAACAACAACUUUCAAUAUCUAUAUCUAUUCUUAUAAUCUUGAAUCAGCUUCAAGAUCAAGACUCAUCUUCAAUUACAAAAAAUAUGGCAAAAAAUCAAUGA